CUCCCCGGACCUGCGCCGCCGCCGCCGCCGAGCCCGCCUGCCGCCGCCAUGCUCUCCGUCCGCGUCCCGCUCGCCACCAUCGCGGACCCCCAGCAGCAGCAGCAGCAGCUCCAGCUCUCGCCCCUCAAGGGGCUCAGCCUGGCGGACAAGGAGAACACGCCCCCGGCCCUCAGCGGCACCCGCGUGCUGGCCAGCAAGACCGCCCGGAGGAUCUUCCAGGAGCCCGCCGAGCCGAAAACUAAGGUACUUGCCCCCAGCGCGGAGGAGGAACCACUGCUGAGAGAAAACCCCCGUCGCUUUGUCAUCUUCCCUAUCGAGUACCAUGAUAUUUGGCAGAUGUAUAAGAAAGCGGAGGCUUCCUUUUGGACAGCCGAAGAGGUGGAUCUUUCCAAGGACAUUCAGCACUGGGAAUCCCUGAAGCCUGAGGAGAGAUAUUUUAUAUCCCAUGUUCUGGCUUUCUUUGCAGCGAGCGAUGGCAUAGUAAAUGAAAACUUGGUGGAGCGGUUUAGCCAAGAAGUUCAGAUUACGGAAGCCCGCUGUUUCUAUGGCUUCCAAAUUGCCAUGGAAAACAUCCACUCUGAGAUGUAUAGUCUCCUCAUUGACACUUAUAUUAAAGAUUCCAAAGAAAGGGAAUUUCUCUUCAACGCCAUUGAGACGAUGCCUUGUGUAAAGAAGAAGGCAGAUUGGGCCUUGCGUUGGAUUGGGGACAAAGAAGCUACCUAUGGAGAACGGGUUGUGGCCUUUGCUGCCGUGGAAGGAAUCUUCUUUUCGGGUUCUUUUGCGUCAAUAUUCUGGCUCAAGAAACGGGGCCUGAUGCCUGGCCUCACGUUUUCCAAUGAACUUAUUAGCAGAGAUGAGGGUUUACACUGUGACUUUGCCUGCCUGAUGUUCAAACACCUGGUCCACAAACCUUCAGAGCAGAGGGUGAAGGAAAUAAUUAUCAAUGCCGUUAGGAUAGAACAGGAGUUCCUCACGGAGGCUUUGCCAGUGAAGCUCAUUGGGAUGAAUUGCACGUUAAUGAAGCAGUAUAUUGAAUUCGUGGCAGACCGACUUAUGCUGGAGCUCGGUUUUAGCAAGGUUUUCAGAGUAGAAAAUCCAUUUGACUUUAUGGAGAAUAUUUCACUGGAAGGGAAGACUAACUUCUUUGAGAAGAGAGUAGGCGAGUAUCAGAGGAUGGGAGUGAUGUCAAGUCCAACAGAGAAUUCGUUUACCUUGGAUGCUGACUUCUAAGUGAAUGAAGAUGUGCUCUUUGCUGAUUUUUUUUUUUCCCUUUCUCAUCAAAAAAAAAAAAAAUCAGCUACUUGAAGUGUAUCAAACCAGCUACACCAUGAAUCAUCCAUAACGUUCAUUAAUAGUAUUGUUAAAACUGUGUAGCUACCUCAUAAGCAAGCCUGUUGAUCAGUUAAUGCUAGUCGUCUCACCCAGAAAGAAGCAUAGACAAAAAGCUACUCGGAUUCUUAAUGAAAGAUAUUGGCCGUGUUUGGCUUUUGCGGGCAGGCUGGCUGUCCACUGACUUCACAGUGGCUCUUGGUGGCAGUCAGGUCUCAAAAGUGUGGGGACUCAAGUGAGUCUGAUCUAGCACGAUUAAUUAGUUAGUCUAAGGCCCUCGGGCGGUGUCAGCCUCUGUGCUUCAAAGCAGAUUUUUAAGUUUACGUACCGAUUUUUAUAUAAAACUGGCACUUUACACACAAAUAAACAUAGUUUGUACUGUUGAAAUAAAGGCUUGAUUUAACUUAAUCUGGUUUCUAGCCCAAAUGCAGAGCAUUCUAUUGACCACUAAUGGGAGCCAGUUUGCAAUUUACUAGGUAACCAAAAAGUCCAUCAAACCUGUGUGAAUCAAGCAUGUUAUUUCUGUUUAUUUUCUAUAAUGAAUUGAUGUUCUCUUUAAUCAACUUUAAAGUCAAUCCUUCAUAUACCUAGGUAUUAGCCACUUGGUGCCAUGAAGAAACGCAGGUUGUGUUUUAUAUUUUGGAGGCCAGGUCAAGUAUUGUGGAUAAGAGGGGAAAGGAGGUUCCAAUUAAAUCAUUAGAGCUUGAAGUGUGAUGUAGGCUGACUGCUGGUCGCCUGGGGGUGUGCGAGGAUCAGCAUCCUUUUAUUUCUCAAACCACAUUUUCCCCCACCUUGAGUUCUUAUAGAAAGAAGAUCCUUAGAUCCUUAGCUGUAGGGUCUGAGAUAAUAUUGUAAAUUGAUUUUGAAAUCAAUCCUUGCACGAAUUGACCCGCUUAGGAUCUUGCUCCAAUUAAGUGGCACAACCAGAACUGAAAUUGGCUCCCCGGAAAGUUGAGCAUUUUCUCUGAUUUGGUCUAAUUUGUAAGUAGGUAAUGUUGACCUAAUCCAUUUGUGUCUACUACAUGUUUUUUCAAUUAGAUAUUUCUUCUGUUUUUUUGUUCUUUUAUAUCUGGUUCAUAUUUUGAAAUAAUUGCUCAGUUAGUGCAGUUCAUGAUUGGAGCAGAUAGUCUUCAGGGCACUUACUUCCAGCUUUUGCCUCAAUCUGAGCAUUACCUUGUUGGAUUCCUGACCUGCAGUAGAAAACUAGAGUUGCAUGAGCUAUAUUAAUACAGGUUCUGUUCACACAGUAAUUUUAGAAAGAAGUAUAAAAUAAUAUACUUAAUAGGAUUAGUUUGAAUCAACCUGUCUUUGUGUUACCCCUGCUUUCUCCCUCCCCAUCAAAAAAAAAAAAAAAGAAAAAAAAACAAAAAACCCAGCCAGGAGGUUACGAGAAGGUGGUGGAUGAUACGCACUGAUCCUUUGGCCACAUUUGUUAACCUGUCUUUUUGUGUUGGGUGAUCACUGACCUGUUUUUUUGUCAGUUUUCUUCAUUUAUUGUAUAAAUUGUCAAAUAGUCAAUUUAAAAAUUUCUGUAACGGUGGCUGUCUUUUAAAUUAUUGUUACCUGAAGUGAAUCUAGAUAAUGUGGUUCUUACCCUUGUGCAACACAAAGGUGAAUAAACGUUUUUGCCUCGCGUGUCGGGUGCAGACGGAA